GAACCACCAGUUGACAUUUUACACUUGACGUAAACAGGGUGUUUAUUAGUGGCAUCAUGGUUUUCAUUGCAACUUUAGUCUGCCUCAUAAUAACUGCUGCAAGUUUAAUUGCUUACUUUAUCAAACGCCGAUAUAAUUAUUGGAAAAGACUUGGAAUUCCACACGAUAAACCAGUUUUUCCAUAUGGAAGUGUAAAAGAUUACAUGACAACACGUCACGCCCGGUAUGUAAUGCAGGAAUACUAUGAUAAAUACAAGAACGCUGGACCCUUUGCUGGAAUGUAUUUCUUUAUAACACCGGCUAUCUUGGUUUUGGAUCUUGAUCUUGUUAAAGAUAUUCUCAUCAAAGAUUUCCAUAACUUUAGUGAUCGUGGAAUGUAUACCAAUGAAAAAGAUGAUCCCUUGUCGGGUCAUUUAUUUUCUCUUGAUGGUGAAAAGUGGCGAACAAUGCGGAAUACCGUUUCACCGACAUUUACGUCUACUCCAUCGGGCAAAAUGAAAUUUAUGUUUCCGACAAUUGUGACAGUUUGUGAUGAACUUUUGGAAGUUCUUUCCAAAUCCGUGGAAAUUGAUCCAGUGAUUGAAAUUAAGGACUUGUUGGCACGGUUUACUACCGACGUGAUUGGAACUUGUGCAUUUGGCAUCGAGUGUAACAGUCUCAAAGAUCCGAAUGUAGAAUUUCGAGUUGUUGGUGUCAAGGCGUUCACAAAAACCAGACACGGUAAAAUAGUUGAAGGUCUAAUAUUUGGAUUCCCAAAUUUGGCGAAAAAGCUUGGAAUGCGUUUGAUUCACGAUGAAAUUCAUGAGUUUUUUAUGCGAGUAGUUAGAGAGACUGUUGAAUAUCGUGAGAAGAAUUCUAUCAAACGGAAUGACUUUAUGGAUCUGAUGAUUGAAAUGAAGAAUUCUGGCAGUGGUUUGACAGUGGAACAGAUUGCAGCUCAGGCAUUUAUAUUUUUUGUAGCCGGUUAUGAGACCUCUUCAAUGACCAUGGGAUUUGCACUUUACGAACUUGCACGUAAUCAGGAAAUCCAAGACAAACUCCGAGCAGAGAUUAAUUCGUGUUAUGAGCAACACAAUGGACAGUUUAAAUAUGAAGCAAUGUCAGAAAUGCCAUACAUGGAGAAAGUUAUUAAAGAAACACUUCGCAAAUAUCCUCCAAGUUUGGCCUUGAUGCGAAAAUGUCGCAAUGAUUAUCCAACUAAAAAUCCAAAAUUUAUAAUCCCAAAGGGAACGAUUUUAAUGAUACAAGCAGAUGCCAUUCAAAAUGAUCCUGAAAUUUAUCCAAAUCCAGACAAAUUUGAUCCGGAACGAUUUAGCCCGGAAGAAGUUCAGAAACGACAUCCUAUGACUUGGUUACCAUUUGGCGAUGGACCUAGAAAUUGUGUUGGAUUGAGAUUUGGAAAGAUGCAAAUUAAUAUUGGACUAUCUAUGUUAUUGAGAAAUUAUAAAUUUGAUUGUUGUGAAAAAACUCAGAUUCCAUUAGAAUUUGAUAUUAAAAAUCCAUUGCUAUCAUCAAAGGGAGGUAUUUAUUUGAGAGUUGAAAAAAUAAAACAAUAAAAAA